GUACUGGCGGAAGGGGCCGGUCGUUUCAAGCGGCAGGGCUCUCGUGCGCAUGCGUUCAGGAGCGAGGCGUGGGGCGCAUUUUGUGCAGCUCGGGGAGCGCUGUUUGCCAUGGCCGAGGGUAGAGGCCCCACUCACCUUCUUGAUGUCUGUAAUCAAAAGUUCUCAGAUUUCCUGUUCAGUGCCGAAUACAAAUACUUGACGUGGUUGCGGGAAAUUGAAGAGGAAGCACUGAAGAUGUUUGAAAGCAGCUUUAAUGCUGAACCUGAGCUGAUGCCCAAAACACCAUCUCAGAGAAAGCAUCGAAAGAAGAAACGGUCCUCAUCAUUUCAGUAUGAAAAUAAGGAACUAACUCGAAAACGAUUAUCUAGAAUGCGAAGUGGUAUAAAGCCAGCAUGUUUUCAGAGACUUUCCCAAAAUAAAGAGGGCCUUGAUGUGGGGAUAACAGAUUCCAUAUCUUAUUGUAUGACAAGACGUUCUAAAGAAGCUUCAGAAGUACAAAGUGAGAUAUCUCCAGAAGGAAGAGUAAUUGUUACCAACGGUGGUCUAAGUACUGAAGUAAAGGAGGAAACGAAUGAUGAUGUAAAUAGAGCCGCAUUUUCAGAUGGCAAUUUGGUUCAUGUGGCUGGAACUGCAAUGAUGCUGCCACCAGAAAAGACUGAAAAAGAGGGCGAUGCCUUCAGAUUAAGGAAUACACCAUCUCCACAAGCAGCUUUAAAUGGGAAGUCAUCAAAUAGAGUGGAAGAAAUUCCAGCCCAAGGGUUGGUUAACAACUUGGUGUCAUCAGGGGAGCUUUUCCAGGAACUAAAUGAGAGUACUGGAAGCCCUGCAAGUUCCAAGUCAGGACAUCGCCAUGCAACUAGAGUACACAAAAGCAAGAAAGUAUCCCUUGCAAAGAGGUAUUCGCAAAGUAACAAAAGGAGAAGUGUGGUUCGGAAAUCCCUCAGCAGAACAAUGGCCAAGAAGAAAGCAGCUCAAGACUCCUUGUCUACCUGUAGUCGAGUCAGCUCUCAUAGUUCCCUUGAAGUGUUCAUGGAUGUUGAGACGAGUGAUCAUGGGCCUUUAUUGACACAGAAUGCUGAAUCUGAUGAGAUUCCAAACACACUACAUAACAUGUUUAGUACACUGGAUACAUCAAGUCCGAUUCCUAACAGUGUUUUGCAGAGUUCACCUAAAUCAAAGAUGCAGCAACAAGAAAUAUGCAAUAAAGGGAGAUUUGAAACCGAAAUCAGCAGCAUCCAGAUCAACGGCUCACAAGAUUCAGUCCACAAUAACUGUAUCAAGGAGCAACUUCCAAAUAGCCAGAAACAAAGUUACAAGUGUGCAAGUGAUGAUCUGCCUACUGUCCAGAACAUGCAAGAUGAAAACAAUUCCAGUCACAAAACAACAUCUUCUCAUGCAAACAAGAUCAUACGGCCAUUCAAAAACUUCUUCCAAUCUAUACAGAAAAAUCAACUACUUAAACCUUCAGGGUCACCAGUAAAGAAUAGUGUUAAACACAGCACACCCAGUAGACCUCCCACCAAGGGAGAUUUUGUUGAAAAACAGCGUCAGCGUCUGGAAAGUCUCAGAAAAAAGCAGGAAGCAGAGCAACAGAGGAAACAAAAAGUGGAGGAAGAAAAGAGACGACGACUGGAAGAAAUAAAAUUAAAGCGCGAAGAAAGGCUAAGAAAGGCACUCCAAGCCCGAGAACGGGUGGAGCAGAUGGAGGAAGAAAAGAAGAAGAGACUUGGACAGAAGUUGUCUCAACUGGAGGAAAAGAGUGAAAAAGCGAGAGAAGAGAAAGCAGCAGAGGAGAAGAACAGGAAGAAGAAAUCAAUUAAGAAAACGGGGGAAGCAGAAGCCCGGAAACAGAAAUUGCUUCAGGUGGAAGAAGUGCCAAAGCUUCAAGAGCAACAAGAAAAAUGGAAGACAGUUGGAGAAAUUAGGAAAAUGCUAGAGCACAAUAAGGCGAAACAGGAAAAAGGGCAUUGUGGACAGCAAGAAAAAGAGAGACCGGUGAAACCUCUGAACCUUGCAAUAGUUACUGAAGAUGAAGAUAAUUUGAAGAAGGAACAGGAUCAUCCCACAGUGGACCAUCAAGGAAAGGAAACCAGACACAUGGAAGCAGUUCAUGCUGGCUAUAAAUGGCUGAAUAUAAUGGCUCAGAAACCAGCAGUCAGUAGUUCCAAUGAAGUAAAUUCCACAAAAGUAAAAGAUACUGCAUCCCUCAAAAUGAAUCCAAAUGACUAUGGCAUGGAUCUGAAUAGUGAUGACUCUACCGAUGAUGAAAAUGAGCCCCGCAAACCCAUUCCUCUGUGGGCCAUUGGGCUUCAUCUUACCCAGGCUGUCACAGAUCAAUAUUACAACCCUCCAGACAUCAACAGGUUAUUUGGAGUAAUAUUGAGCCCUAAACUAGAGGAUAUUUUCUACAAAAGUAAGCCAAGGUAUUUUAAGCGCACAAGUUCAGCGGUCUGGCAGUCCCCACCUGGCACCAAACCAGCAUUACAUGCUUCCAACAGCAUGAUAAAAUACUGAGUCUGUGUAAAAUUGUUUGUCAGCAGUUUUGUAUGUCAUAUUUUGGUCAGAUGCAUCCGUAAAUCAUUUUAAUAUUUUAUGUGUUUUGUAAUAAAGGUUUAAAUGCUGAAAUACAGAAA